AUGUCUCCGCUUCCCGUCCCCGCACUCUUCCCCUUCAACUCCCGCAUGUCGCGCCCGUUCAAACCAAGAGAGAUUGCCUGCGCUCGUUGCUUCCGUCUGAAGCGAAGAUGCGACCAUGUGAAGCCUACCUGUGGUGAAUGUCGUCGCAAAGGUGCUGAAUGUCUGCCCGCUAGAUCGCGCAAGUCUGGGGACAGCAUCACUGUUCCAGUUGCCUACCUGAAGGAAUUGGAGCGGAGGGUCGCUGAGUUAGAAGGCUCAUCGCCAAAUACAAGAAACUGUGCAGAACUUUGCGAUGCUGGUGUUCAGACAGACCCUGUCCCGGAUGAACAACCACCUAUCCGCAUACCAUCAACGGCGCAAUCGCCAAAUUGGAGAAAGAAUAGAGCAGAAGAGGACAACGCCCUUAUGCUAUUAUCCGAGUCACAGCAGCGCCAGAGUCAUCAAAUACCACGGCUAUCACCGUUCUCCCAAUCAUCCUUUACAGAUACAUUCCUCCAAUUGAACGAUGAGUCGCUUGACUUCUUACGCCUCGAUAAAGGGCCAACUUUCCCUCUAAUCGGCAACGAUUCUAUAUGGCUCACUGAGCUCUACACUAAUAUCUAUUUUUCUAUAUCCUACCGAGAGUGGCCGUUUCUCAAUGAGUCGGCUUGGAAAUCCUGGCAUCGCGAGGAGGUUACAAGUGGCCAGGACGAGUGGCGAUUCUUUUUUCUGCGCAUAGUAUAUGCUAUUGGCGCCUCUUUAUGCAGUACGAUGCACCGAGACUCAACACAUCUGGCUCGCUCGAAAGAACUUUAUGCAUCUGCGAUGAGCUAUUAUCCCCUUGUUGUGGGUCACCCGUCCAUGGUCCUACAGGUCCAAGCAUCCUUGCUAUUAAUCAUCUAUGCCCUCCAUUCACCAUCCUCCGAGGAAAUUGCAACCAUUGUCUCUUCAAUACUACCGUUUUGCGUCACUGCAAUCACACAUCUGCGAAAAUGCACUCGAACAAACAGCGAAGAUGAAAUGGUCUCAGCUUCUGGGGAGGUAUUAACGGAGAACAUGUUUAUUGCUUGCUACAUGUUGAAUGAGGUUAUUGCAUCUGGUUGGGAUCGGCCGGUUUCAGCCUCCUACCGGAUUGUUGACGAUGACCUUUGCAUACUCGGCGAUACUAUUCAACCACCUGUGAAUACGAAUCCUGCUCUUGGUCACCUAUUUCGACUUCGCAAAAUUCAAUCUAAUAUCCGAAGAUCAUUGGAACGAUCUCGAUGGCAAUUCUCGGCAGAUAAGAUCUCUUUCAGCUCUUCUUUUAAGUCUGCUCUGGAUAUAUGGAGACAAGAUAUACCUCGCUACGGAACCUCUAGCGUUUCCAGUGGGUACUAUCAUCCUAAUUGGAUGACAAAAUUGUAUGAUUAUAGUAUCCUGAUUUUAAUGGAGGAGAAGCGGAACUUCCUCGAUCAUGAAGGAACACAAGAGAUUUUCUCGGCCGUGGUGGAGGUUUGUAUGAAAUUUCGUCGUUUGCAAGAAGAGGGACAUGUGAUGUGCUUUACCUGGUCUGCGCUUAUAUUCCAAUUUAGGGCCUGCAUUAUGCUUCUGUAUUUGAUUUGGGCAACAAGACCUUUGAUGGACGGCCCUAUCUUACUGGAGCAAAAUGGGUACGAGUGCCCGGAAGCUAUUGAAGCGUGCACCCAGAACCUGGCCUGCUUCGCAGAACGCUGGGACGAUGCAGUGCCGUAUUUCAAACUGUUCGGCUUCUUGCAUUCAAAGGUAUCACAUAAUAUCCCAACAGAAGCAAUGGAGAUUGAUCUGCCUGCAUUGGCCGAAGCCGAGUCCCAUCUGGAGCAACUCAAAAAGAAGUACCUUCAUCAGGCUCUUUUGGGCAUGAUCGAGGACAUGAUGUAUGGAGGCUUCGUCCAAUUUGAGACAAUAGCGGAUAAUUUUGUGACAGAUAUCAUAUGA